GCUAGUGGUGUACUGAACAGAUCUAGACGAUCGCGAAUUUCGCUGAUAAAAUAUAAAUUCAUUUUUGACCAGGGGUCGUCCUUGGGGUCGCCGUCAUCGUUGCUUAAGUUCCCUAUUGAUGCUGACAAAGCACGUUUACUAAACACAAGUCAAGCAUUUAGCAGUGAACAGCACAGUGAAGAUAUGACGUCAGAAUUUGUCGCCAUGGAAGUGCUAAACGCGGCAAAAAUGUGCCCUGGUUUUGAAUUUAACUUCGAUUUGAUCUCCGUAUCGAUUCUAAAUUUGGAACAAAUGCCUGCAAAUCACGUGCUAACCGUCAAUCAAUGUCAAAGACCAAAAAUGCGCUGUCCAGAUAAAUGCUCCACAUUUUGACAUAACCUUAAUCGAUUUGACUUUCUUGUGAGAGAUCUUAAGUAAACACCUUUGGAAUAAAGGCACUUUCAUAAGCUUAGCGUCAUGAAAUUUAACACGAACGCGGCCUCAGUUUUAUAGGUGACCAAUUUUCUUUUUUCUUUUUUGGGAAAGGGAAUAAAAAGUAGAAAUUGCCAGCAUUAUCUAUUAAAUGGCCUGAGUAUUCGUCAAAAUCUUAGCUGUCAGCUAAGAAAUGAUACGUUUUUGAGCGAUAGCUGAAGAAUCACUAAAACGUUAACUGAUAAUUGGAUUCCAGCGAGCCAUCCAAACCCUCUACAUAAUAGAACAUUACAUGGCCGUUUACCACCUAGAAACACAAAUUUCAUCUUCAUCAGGCUCACUCCUAGGAGAUGCUAUCCGCGCGAAUAUGUAUUUUUUUUAACCUCCAGCUGACAUGUAAUAUUCUCUGUUUGUCUAAACCAAACUUGUUUAAUUUGGGUGAAAAUGAUUGUCCAAUGAAACUCCUAUUUAUAUCUAACAUUUUACCCCAGUCCUCGUUUAGAAAAUGAAGGCAAAGAGGACCUCUGAAAUAAAUUACAAAAUUGAAUUCAAAUGUAAUUUUCUGAUUGACGUGUGGAUCAAUUCGCUAUUUCGGAGUCUUUCGGCCUUUUGAGUUACCCUUAAAAAACAGUGGUGCAUAAUAUUUAUUCACUGCGAAGAACAUGUUUCGCAUUGACACGAUAUUUCUGUUCAACAGGAAUGUUUAAUUUUCUAUUUAUAGUUAUUCUGUUCCGUUUUCCGUGUAGUACAGGCAAAAAUCAACGUUUGAUCCAAGGUGGUCAUGGUUCAAAGCGAUCUAGUUUUCAACACGGAGUGUCGUACGCAAAUUUUUUAGUUCACAAGUUUCAGCAUCUUCAAGGACCCCUCUUAUUCUCUUCUUGUGUAGUAAAUCGGGUUACAGAGUGCGCUUUCGCCUGUGUUGAUAAUCCGCCCUGUGUUUCGUUCAACGUUGCUUCGUCGCCAAACGAAAGUGGAAAGCUUCGCUGCGAGCUGCUAAGGGAAGACAAGUUUAGAAGUCCUGACAAACUGAUCGUUUCGCAACAGUUUCACCAUUACAGCAUAAAGACACCUUGUUCAAAGAAUCCCUGCAAAAAUGGCGGCAGCUGCAUUCCAAAUUACGAAGAUCACUAUCACUGUGUUUGCCCACCGGGCUACACAGGUUUUCAUUGCAAGAGAGAGUGUCUGGCUCCUUUGGGAAUGGAAAACUUUAAAAUAACACCGACACAGAUAACAGCGUCGUCUCAGUAUAACAGAAGUCAUGCCCCAAACCACGGAAGACUACACUACAAGGGUAAUACCGGUGCAUGGGCAGCGACAGUGAAUGAUAUGAAUCAGUGGAUUCAAAUCGAUUUUGGAAUUGAGACAAAUGUCACUUAUGUGGCAACUCAAGGAAGAUAUAAUAGCGAGCAAUGGGUUAUCAGGUACAAGUUACAGUACAGCAACAGCAACGAUGGAAAUUCAUUUCAGGUUUUAAAACAGCGAGGAGACAACACAGACAAGUUGAGAAUAUUUCCUUUACAAUACGAAAACAAAUCAAUAAACUGUUACGGGUGAUCAGCUUAUUUCAGACAAAACAGAUAUACUAACAGCGUCUUGAAACAUAACAAAACAUAUAUCUUGGUUGAAUAAUAAGCAGCCAUCGCUAGCACUCUUCACACUAGAAUUUCUCACACCUGGAAUUGCCAAAAGUAAACUAACAAUAUAUGUAAACACACAAUUAACUCAUUUUACAAUACACUGCUUAAAACACUUUCACAACUACAUUACACUACCAACAAUUCCAUCCAUUGCGCCACUUGGAACGUCCCGACAAUAUAUCAUUUACAUACCUGGAACAUAAUUAAUGAUCUAUGAAUUGCUAUGUUGCAAUUUUCCUGUUCGACUAAAUUCAUCGUAUCUAUUUUAUCUCUAUUGUCUCUUGCGACAUCCACGUGUGAAGAAUAGAGCCAAUCAGAAAGCUGGAAAGCCAUUGCAUAUUGGGCAGUAUCCGAAGCACAUGGUUAUGUAAGUUAAAAAGAUUUGUUAGGUUCGAAAGGGUUUGACAAUCUUCGCAAAUCAAGAACGUUCCCAGAGGACAGAAUCUCAACAACAACCAAGCAUUUUAUUUUGCCAAAUUUUAAUACAAAAAGACAACAGCAUAAAAACAAAUCGCUUUUGCCCGAUUCUCUAAAGUCGAAAUAUGAGCCGACAACUUCUCCUGAGUCGAAAGCAUUACAUAAGUAAUAUGUAUAUAUACGUUUGUUUAUUCGUGUUUCUGCAGGUGUUUGUUGGAAACAAUGAUUCUGACACCGUGACAAAACAUCACUUAGCUCCACCAAUCAAAGCACGAUACAUCAGACUGACACCCACAGCAUGGAACGGCCACAUCUCCAUGAGGAUGGAGCGCUACGGUUGUCUUGGUAACUAUUCCUUAAAUCCAACCCAUAAACUCAACAAUGACUAAUUUUUACGUAGUUUAAGGCCACAGUUAGGUUUUAACGUCCUUAGCAUUUUAAAGCAGAAUUGGUGCUUCUGACGGGUCACGUGACAUGUCGUAUGACGUUUAGCGUAAAAUAGCCUUUAUUUGAGGAAUUGCCGGUUUUCAUGUGACGUCAUCAUUUUCCAAACUUAGAAAUAACCAAUCCUUUUGAAGUUUUAGUUUCGUCAUAUAGAAGACCUACCAAGAACCUGACGUUUUACAACGUGUAAGCUCGACGGGGUUCUUUAUUUUGUUACAGAGGGCGUUUUUGCGUUGCGUGACAUUAAAAUGGCGGCCCAAGAGGGCUUCCGCGUAUGUCAAAAGAGGAGUUAUCGUUCACGUUUCUGCUAACUGAACAGUCCUUGUACUAGAAGAAUUAUUGCUUUCAAUGUGUGGGAACUCCAGACGGAGUUACAAGUUUUCGUUUCAAUGGUGAAACUUAAUGACAGAUGUUUCUGUUACUUUACGGCCGCUAUGUUGGUGCUUCUCGGAAGGACAUCAACAUGGCGACUCCAAACAAAGCUCUAUAAAUUUGAGUGAAACACUUUUCCGAAUAAGGUGCGAAUAAAAAGCCACACACACCUAAAUCUUGGCGAGGUUGUUUAUAUAUCAAUCACCUAUCUUAUCCCAGAUUCUUGACAAAAUUUCUCGAAUGAUUCCGAUUUAUAUUUUUGAUUGCGUGACAGUGGAAAGCGGCAAUUGGUGGCGGCUUUUAGUAAUAUCAUUCAGCAAAAACGCGUUUUAGAUGCAGGUCAAUUAUUUCUAUCCUCUCGCGUUUGGAAUGACCGUCCCUCUUUAAGUAGAAAAACCUUAUAGGGUCAAAGGUAAUUUUUUUUAAACAAAAUUUGACGUGAAGGCAAGGCAGGACGCCGGCUUUUAUAAUCAGAGAAAACUUCAGCAUGGUGAAACAAAUGUAACAAGAGAUAUAGCUGCAUAACCAUAGUUCAACUUUACAUUCCUGACCCAGGCCUUAAACUGCUUGAAUCAUUUGAACUUUCACCCCGGGAGAAAGAGCUUUAGGAGCCUCGAAAGAGAUUAUGACUGCAGUGCGUGCGAGACGUGGGAGACUAGUCACGAGGGAGCAAAACAAAACCAACCUAUGUAACGUCUAUGAAAAUGUUGAAAAAAAACUAGUAAAUCGGAAAGUUUUUUCAAAAUUUUGCUCAUGACCCUUCGCGAUAUUUUUCUUAUUUGAACGCAUCUCACUAUAAACAGUCUUUACGCACAGAUCAACGAAGUUCUCGUGACGAUUUCCCAAAGCCUAUCCGUAAUUAAAACCACAAAUUUUUAAUAUCUUUUUCAUUUUACACUUAAUGUUAACUGCAAGAAUUCCUUUUUAGCCUCCUCAGUACGUAAAGGGUGACUUUGCUGCAUCUUUAAUCCCUAUUUUGUGAACUGCAGAUCUAGAUAAUUCUGUGAACACCUGUCGAGUGCAGUUGCAUGGCUACAAAGAUUUUCUAGUGUUAUAGUGCGGGGCAGGGAUAGCGCAGUGGUGAGAGCGCUCGCCUCUCACCAACGCCGGCAGCCCGGGUUCGAUGCCGAUGUGGUGCUACGUUUGAGUUGAGAAUAUCGUUGGUUCUCGCCUUGCUCCGAGGGAUUUUCCGCGGCCUUCGGUUUUCCU